AUGGCCGCCCCUCAGCAGGCAUCGCCUCAAGCGGUGAUGAACCUCAUUGGAAAGCUCAACGAGACUGACCCCGAUUUGCGCUUCAUGUCACUCAAUGAUUUACUCCAACUCUUAAACAAUGCAAAAGCCGAUUUCCUUCAUCACGACUAUAACACAGCCGCCAGGGCGGUCGACAACGUCAUCAAGACCUUGGAUGACCAGAAUGGCGAAGUUCAGAAUCUCGCCAUCAAAUGCCUUGGUCCACUUGUGAAGAAAGUCCCAAGCUCGAUUAUCGCGCCCAUGAUCGACAAGUUGUCGCAGCUCAAGCUGAAGAACGCUGUUGACACGGCUGUUCCGUCUCUCGCGCUACGAACUGUUAUAACUGCCCUCCCGCGACCGACACCCGGUACCCCAAGCAAUAGUGAUGUGCAAGAAUCAUACAAGGCGAUCAGCAGGGUCUUGAUUCCCCGAUUAUUAGGCCCGGGUCCCAACACCAAGGUACCCCAAACACAACACGCCGCUCUACCACCAGUGCCAGAGGGCAUGCUCGAGGUGGAAGGCGAUGUCCGAGGCGAUGCUAUUGAUGUGAUGAUUGAAGUUGUGCGCUGCUUUGGACCUAUGCUCGAGCAGGUUGAGGUUGAAGCUAUGCAAGAGAUCACCAUAAACAUCCUGAGCAAUGAAAAAGGCACAUCGGUCGUCAAGAAGCGGGCUGUCGUCGCCGUAUCCAUGCUGGCGGUAUACCUGACAGAGCAGCAUCUUCAAGAGACGGUUGAAAGGAUUGCCCAAUCACUACGACAUCCUGUCGUUGCGCCAGUCGCGCGCAAGCUAUAUAUUUCCAUCUUGGGUAGCAUGGCCCGAUCUGUCCCAGUCCGCUUCGGGCGUCAUGUUGGAAGCACCGCACCUUUGGUGCUCGAAGCUCUUUCGGCUUCUGAACUCAAGAAACACAUGCAAAAAGUUAGCGAAGGUGAAGAUAUUGGUCUCGAGUUCAACGAGGUCCGCGAGGCGGCGCUGGUGACAAUUGAAGCUUUUCUAGCCUCCUGUCCACAGGACACAAAGCCUUUCACUGAUGAGCUCAUCGCCUCCUGUUUACGAUACCUCAAAUACGACCCGAAUUACGCAACGAACGAGGACGAUGAGAUGGAAGUCGACGAGGACGAGGACGAUAUGGACGAAGACGAAGACGAAGAUGAAGAUUUCGACGAGGACGAUACUUUCGAUGACGAUGACGACGACGCCAGCUGGAAGGUCCGCCGGUGCGCUGCAAAGGCUUUGUACACACUCAUCGCGACCCGGGGAAGCGGAGAACUUCUCGAGAACGGCGUUCUGUACAAACAAGCAGCCCCGCCGUUGGUCAAGCGUAUAGAUGAGCGCGAAGAAAAUGUGCGCCUUGAAGUCUUGUCGACUCUGUCCCUCCUGGUCCGGAGGACUGGAGAAGGCCUGCACGCAACCGACUUAGGCUCGGACGAACUCGAGCCAGAAGUCAGCACUCAGGUCCCCGUUAGCAGGAAGCGUAGGAGGCAAAGUAGUGUAGGCGGGAGUGCACAACCGCUUGAGGUCCCCGGCUCUCGGUCGCCUAUCCUUGACAAGAUUCCUCUAUCUGGCCCGCAGGCCGACCUUGCCAGCUUGGUGCCAUCAAUCAUCAAGGCUGCCACAAAGCAUCUCAAAGGCAAAGCUGUGCCUACAAAGCAGGCCAUUAUAAGACUACUCGACGAUACGGUAUCGGUCCAACGAGGCGGUCUCACAGACCACCUCAGCGCGGUAAUCGGGCCAGUAGUGGAAGCUGCCAAGGCAUCAGGCUCAGGAACCGUGGCAUCGGCAGCUGGCGGCACCAGCACGUCGGCUUCUGCGACUCCAAGCACUCUCAAAGUGGAGGCUUUGAGAUUGAUAAGCGACAUUGCCAAGACUCACUCGUCUGCCAGCCUCCAGGCAUAUCUGCCUGAAAUUGUUGCCGGUGUUCAAGUUGCAGUUCAGGACCGGUUCUACAAGAUCUCAAGCGAGGCCAUUCGCACAAUCGAGGAGCUCAUCAAGGCCACAACUCCGCCUCGGGCCAAAGGCACCCGUCAGAAUCACAAGACUGAAAUCAACGCCUUAUUCGAUAUUGUGAUGCAGCGAAGCUCGUCCAACGAUGCCGAUGCCGAAGUGCGGCAGCGUGCCCUCCACGCCCUUGGUGUCCUCGUAUCACGAACAUCUAACGUUGAAGGAGACAUGUUGCUCGCCACUGACAAGCGCAACAUGGCUCUUGCAGUUGUGCAAGAGAGGUUGAAGAACGAGACAAGUCGGCUUGCUGCUGUGCGCGCUGUUGAUCAAGUCGCUGCCACGGCGCAAGCUGGGCAGCUACAAGGAGCGUGGGUUCGGGAGGUCGCGCUUGAGCUCGCCGUACAGCUGCGAAAGUCGAAUCGCUCACUCCGAGGGUCAAGCAUCGUGGCCCUGAAGCACCUGAUUCUUUCCCCCGCCUCGCGCGGCAAUCUGGACGACGCGACUAUUCAGGGGGUAGUGGAUCAGCUAUUGCCUAGUAUCACCAACGGCGACACACACCUGCUUGGUCCUUCCCUUGUGAUUCUUGCUCAUCUUGUGCCUGAUCAUGCCGAGUUGGUUAUGACCCAAGAAAUGGUCGUUGCACUAAGCGCCCUCCUCAAGUCACCGUCUGCGAGCAUUGUCUGCGAUGCCAUCAUCGAGCUGGUGACCAGUGCGGGCAAAGCAGGUGCCGGUGCGUCACUCAUGCAAGCCCUCCUACGGGAUGUCAGCAUCAAGGGAGACACCGCUGUGGUUGGGAAGGUAAUUGGAUCGCUGCUCGUGGUGAGUGACGGUGCUCUUGCUGGCGUUACGGUUGAUAGCUUCGUGAAAGAGCUCAGCACCAGCCGAGAGAACAAAGACGAUUCUCGACUUAGCCUGGCUUUGGCUGUCCUUGCUCUUGCGCUGGGCAGAGCGGGCUCCGGCAACGUGGGGACCUACCUCCCUACCAUUCUGGAGACGAUGAACAAUGGGGGCAACAUGCAGUAUCUUCUAGUUCAAUCUCUGAAGGAGAUCUUGCUGUCAAUCACCGGCCUUUCCGCCGAUAUCCGCGGUUAUGCGAGCGGUAUCUGGGACAAGCUGCUGCAGGCCUCGGAACACGCUGACAACAAGAUCGUAUGCGCAGAGUGCGCAGGGCGCCUAGUGAUCCUGAGCCCUGCCGAAUUCGGACCGCGUCUUCAGACAUUGCUGUCAGAUGACUCGCUCGCCGUACGUGGCAUGGCUGUCCAGGCCAUUCGCUACACGCUUCCGGAGAGUGAGGAAGGAUUCGACGCCAUCUUGCGCAGUAGCCUGGUGGACAUGCUUCUCAUGGUCCUACAAGAUCAGGAUAUGGAGAUUCGCAGGCUAGGCAUGACCACGUUGAACUCGGCGACACACAACAAACCUGACCUUGUUUUGCCUCACCUCGGGCGCCUCGUCCCUUUUGUCCUCGAGGAAUCUGUCAUCAAACCCGCGCUCAUAAGGGAGGUCAAGCUGGGACCAUUCACACACACGGUUGAUGAUGGCCUGGAGGUUCGCAAGAGCGCAUAUGAGACUCUGUAUGCUCUUAUGGAGACUGCUUUCAGCCGCAUCAACCACAUUGACUUUUACGAUCGCAUCGUCGCUGGACUCAAGGAUGACAACGAUAUUCGACAGCUGUGCAACCUGAUGAUCACCAAACUAUCUGUCAUCGACCCCGAAGAAACAGCGCGCCGCUUAGAUUCGAUCGCAGAGGCUUAUCGGGCAGUGCUGUCGGUCAAACUGAAAGAGAACGCCGUCAAGCAGGAUAUCGAGAAGCAAGAGGAGGCCAACAAGAGCGUCUUGCGAGUGACUCUGCUCCUGGGAGACAAGAUGAAGGCCUUGACGGGCAACGCUGGAGCGGCGACAAGCAACGCUGGUGCUGCUGGGACAUGGCUAGCAUACUGGGAGUGGGUGAACAAGGACUACGAGAAGCAGCUCCGGGCUUUGCGUGAGGAGAAACGUGAGCUGCAGACGCGCAUGGUCUAA